AUGCAGCAGCAGCAGCAGCAACAACAGCUACUGCAGCAGCAGCAGCAGCAGCAGCAACAGCUACUGCAGCAGCAGCAGCUGCUGCAGCAACAGCAGCUGCAGCUGCAGCAGCUGCAGCAGCAGCAGCAACAAUAUCAGCAGCUGCAGCAGCAGCAGCAGCAGCAGCUGCCGCUGCAGCAGCAGUUCUUUUACCCCCAUUUAAAUAUCCAGCAGCAGCAGCAGCAACUGCAGCAGCAGCAGCAGCAGCAGCAGCAGUUCGUGGUGCAGCAUCAGCAGCUACAGCAGCAGCACCAUCUGCAGCAGGAUCUAUCGCAGCAGUACCAGCAGCAGCAGCAGCAGCUGCUGCUCAGCAGCAGCAGCAGCAGCAGCAGCAGCAGCAGCAGCAGCAGCAGCAGCAGCAGCAGCAGCAGCGUUUGUCUUUGUAUGAAUCCCGGCAUAUCGCUCUUGGGAUGA